GCUCAAGUUAUCUCGAAUUCCGGUCACGAUGAUAUGAUUGUAUGCUCCCCUUACACGCCCUGGCGCAAGCUUGCUUUUAUUGACACUCGAUCAGNNCACGAUGCUGUUCUCGACUACUAUGGACGUCGUUUGGCAACCUGCUCAUCCGACAAAACAAUCAAGAUCUUCGAGGUCGAGGGAGACUCACACCGCUUGGUAGAUACGCUCAAGNGGAGAGCGACUGUCGCAAAUCUGACCUCUUUCUGCAGACACGACGGCGCUGUUUGGUGUGUGUCAUGGGUGAGUCGCCUCUUUAUACACGUCUCACUUGCUCUUGUUGACCUCUUGCUUGUUCAGGCACACCCCAAGUACGGCACCAUCCUAGCUUCUUCAUCCUAUGAUGGCAAGAUCUUUGUCUGGCGCGAGCAAAACAACCAAUGGCAGCGCAUCUACGACUUCACUCUCCACACCGCCAGCGUCAAUCUGAUCGCCUGGUCACCACCAGAGCCCGGCUGCCACCUGGCUUGUGCCUCAUCCGAUGGCUCCGUCUCCGUCAUCACCUUCAGCGACAAUUCCUUCUCCCACUCCAUCUUCCCAGCACACGCUAUGGGCGUCAAUGCCGUCUCAUGGAGCCCCUCGCUUCUCCCCGCACAGCUCGCUGCUGCUCAAACCCCUCAAUCUCAACCACAACCUCUGCGCCGCUUCGUCACUGGUGGUAGCGACAACUUAGUCAAGCUCUGGGACUUCAACCCUCAGACUCAGUCAUACAACAACAUGUGCACCCUUGCUGGUCAUUCGGAUUGGGUUCGCGAUGUUGCAUGGUCACCAACCCCGCUCUCAAAGUCAUACAUUGCCUCGGCCUCGCAGGACAGGACUGUGCGCAUCUGGACGUGUCAGGCAAAUGCCGACCCGGCCAACUCGUCAAGCUGGCAGAGCACAGAGCUCAAGUUCGACGCUGUUGUCUGGCGUGUUAGCUGGAGUCUGAGUGGCAACGUACUGGCUGUUAGCGGUGUUGAUAACAGAGUCAGCUUGUGGAAAGAGAGUCUCAAGGGUGGAUGGGAUUGCGUCAAGACCAUCGAAGAGUAG